AAGGGCGAGGAGGGACGGGGCUUGGGCUGGGGGCUGGCAGGGACCUGGGUGGUAAGGGAGGCGUUAGAGCUGCCCCCGGGAGGGUCUCCAAGGCUCCUGGGAGUACGCGGCAAAGGGCUGGGCGCUGGGACAGUCCAGGACCGAAGGAGGGUGGACGGUUAGAGGGCAGUAGGGUGCCCAGGGAGGGGUUUAGGCCGUGAGAACAGAGGUGGUUAAGUUACCGUAAAGAGAAACUCUAGUUAUUCCUGGAGAGUUAGGCCAAUGAGAGGGGUCUUGGUGUGAAAAGAUAUCAGGAAAUGGAUGUGCCUAGAGGGGAGAUUUAGAGCUGAGGGAGAGGUCCCGGCGUGAAGAAUGGGGUUACAUUAAUGUGAAGAGUUAAACCGCUGUGGGGGGGGCGCGUUGGGUACCCUUGGAAUGGGUUGAGAGGGAUCUCUGUGCAAAGAAGGGUUAUGUUUUAUGUUAUGUUAUGUGAAACUGGCGUCUGGGUAUCCCUAGAAUAACUUGAAGAGGAAUGGUCUUUCUGAAAAGUACUAGGAAUUAGGUCAAGGUGAAGAGUAGGAAUUGGGGAUCCCUGGAGGGGGUUAGGGUGGUGAGAGAGAUCUGUGUGUUAAGCUGGGGAGGUCUGGGUAGCCACAGGGUAGUAGGAUGGUCAGAGGGCCCUGGGUGUGAGGAAGAGGGGUCUGGCUAUCUUAUCAGGGUUAGGGUGGUGGUUGGAGGGGUUUUGCCUAAGAGGGGGUUUCACGGUAUUCUUAAUGAGAUUUGGACAGUGGGAGGGGUAUGUGGGAAAGGAGUUUAAGCCAUUAUGAAGUAUAGUCUGUACAUCCUUGGAUUGUAAUAGGGUAUGUGUGGGAUCUUUUUGUGGAAAAGAGGAAUUUUGAUAUGAAGAGGGGGUCUGAGCAUCCCUGGAAUGGGUUAGGGUGGGGUUGGGUCUUUUUGCAAAUAAGAGGGGUUUAGGUUGAUACGAAGAAUGGUAUCUGGGCAUCCCUAGAAUGGGUUGGGGCGGGGAGGAAAGGGGUCUUUUUGCAAAGAAGAAAAGGUUAGGCUAAUAAUGUGAGGUGGGGGGAGUCUGUCCCAAGAAUGGGUUAGGGUGGGAGGGGUCUUUUUUGCAAAGAAGAAUAUGUGAAGAGAGGUUCUGGGAAUCGCUGAAUGGUCUAGGGUGGUUGUCUAUAAAGAAGGAGGGUUUAAAUCAGUAUGAAGAGGGGGUCUGGGUACCCCAGAGAGAAUUGUAGAUGAUGUCUCAGUGCACAGAAGAGCCCAGGGUCUUGCCGCCGUCAUGACUGAGGAGUCAGAGGAAACAGUCCUAUACAUUGAGCACCGCUAUGUCUGCUCUGAGUGCAACCAGCUGUAUGGAUCCCUGGAGGAGGUGCUCAUGCAUCAGAACUCCCACGUGCCCCAGCAGCACUUUGAGCUGGUGGGUGUGGCCGACCCUGGAGUCACUGUGGCCACAGAGGCAGCUUCUGGCACGGGCCUCUAUCAGACCCUAGUGCAGGAGAGCCAGUACCAGUGCCUGGAGUGUGGGCAGCUGCUGAUGUCGCCCAGCCAGCUUCUGGAACACCAGGAGCUGCACCUGAAGAUGGUGGCGCCCCAGGAGGCAGCGCCAGCUGAGCCACCACCCAAGGCGCCCCCCCUGAGCGCCAGUACCAUCCACUAUGAGUGUGUGGAUUGCAAGGCUCUCUUCGCCAGCCAGGAGCUCUGGCUGAACCACCGGCAGACGCACCUCAGGGCCACUCCCACCAAGCCUCCGGCUCCAGUUGUCCUGGGGUCCCCAGUUGUCCUGGGGUCCCCCGUGGGCCAGGCCCGCGUGGCUGUGGAGCACUCAUACCGCAAGGCGGAAGAGGGUGGGGAAGGGGCAGCUGUCCCCUCUGCCGCUGCCACCACCGAAGUGGUGACUGAGGUGGAGCUGCUCCUCUACAAGUGUUCUGAGUGCUCGCAGCUCUUCCAGCUGCCAGGCGACUUCCUGGAGCAUCAGGCCACCCACUUCCCGGCUCCCGCCCCAGAGUCUGAGGAGCCUGCCUUGCAGCAGGAGACUCUGACCCCAUCACCUGCAGAGGUGCCUGUGUCUCAGCCUGACCCCCUGCCAUCCUCUGACCACAGUUAUGAGCUGCGCAACGGUGAAGCCAUUGGACGCGAUCGCCGGGGGCGCAGGGCACGGAGGAACAACAGUGGAGAGCCAGGCGGGGCAGCCACCCAGGAGCUCUUCUGCUCAGCCUGUGACCAGCUCUUUCUCUCACCUCACCAGCUGCAGCAGCACCUGCGGAGUCACCGGGAGGGUGUCUUUAAGUGCCCCCUGUGCAGUCGUGUCUUCCCCAGCCCUUCCAGUCUGGACCAGCACCUCGGAGACCACAGCAGCGAGUCUCAUUUCCUGUGUGUGGACUGUGGCCUGGCCUUUGGUACAGAGGCCCUCCUCCUGGCCCACCGGCGAGCCCACACCCCAAAUCCUCUGCAUUCGUGUCCAUGUGGAAAGACCUUUGUCAACCUCACCAAGUUCCUUUAUCACCGGCGUACCCAUGGGGUUGGGGGUGUCCCUCUGCCCACAACACCAGUCCCACCGGAGGAGCCUGUCAUUGGCGUCCCUGAGCCAGCCCCAGCAGAGACUGGAGAGCCAGAGGCCCCGGAGCCCCCCGCUGCUGAGGAGAGCCCAGCAGGGCCUGCUGCCCCAGGCACCUACCGCUGCCUCCUGUGCAGCCGUGAAUUCGGCAAGGCGUUGCAACUGACACGGCACCAGCGUUUUGUGCACCGGCUGGAACGGCGCCAUAAGUGUAGCAUCUGCGGCAAGAUGUUCAAGAAGAAGUCUCACGUGCGUAACCACCUGCGCACACACACAGGUGAACGGCCCUUCCCCUGCCCAGACUGCUCCAAGCCCUUCAACUCACCCGCCAACCUGGCCCGCCACCGGCUCACACACACAGGGGAGCGGCCCUACCGGUGUGGGGACUGCGGCAAGGCUUUCACACAGAGCUCCACCCUGAGGCAGCACCGCCUGGUGCAUGCCCAGCACUUCCCCUACCGCUGCCAGGAGUGCGGAGUGCGUUUUCACCGCCCCUACCGCCUGCUCAUGCACCGCUACCACCACACGGGCGAGUACCCCUACAAGUGUCGCGAGUGCCCCCGCUCCUUCUUGCUGCGACGGCUGCUGGAGGUUCACCAGCUUGUGGCCCAUGCCGGGCGCCAGCCCCACCGCUGCUCGUCCUGUGGUGCUGCCUUCCCUUCCUCGCUGCGGCUGCAUGAGCACCGCUGUGCAGCUGCCGCUGCCCAGGCCCCGCGGCGCUUCGAGUGUGGCACCUGUGGCAAGAAAGUGGGCUCAGCUGCUCGGCUGCAGGCCCACGAGGCAGCCCACGCAGCUGCUGGGCCUGGGGAGGUCCUGGCUAAGGAGCCUCCAGCCCCUCGGGCCCCACGGGCUGCUCGCACACCAGUGGCCUCCCCAACGACCCUUGGAGGCAUGGCACCUGCAGCCCCUGCGGCCCCUGCCCGACGCCGUGGCCUGGAGUGCAGCGAGUGCAAGAAGCUGUUCAGCACGGAAACGUCACUGCAGGUACACCGGCGCAUCCACACAGGCGAGCGGCCAUACCCGUGUCCAGACUGUGGCAAGGCCUUCCGUCAGAGUACCCACCUGAAGGACCACCGCCGCCUGCACACAGGUGAGCGGCCGUUCGCCUGUGAAGUGUGUGGUAAAGCCUUUGCCAUCUCCAUGCGCCUGGCAGAACAUCGCCGCAUUCACACGGGUGAGCGGCCCUACUCCUGCCCCGAUUGUGGCAAGAGCUACCGCUCCUUCUCCAACCUAUGGAAGCACCGCAAGACCCACCAGCAGCAGCAUCAGGCAGCUGUGCGGCAGCAGCUGGCAGAGGCAGAGGCUGCGGUCGGCCUGGCUGUGAUGGAGACUGCAGUGGAAGCCCUGCCCCUGGUGGAGGCCAUUGAGAUCUACCCUCUGGCUGAGGCUGAGGGGGUCCAGAUCAGUGGCUGACCCUGCCUCAUGUCCCUCUUCAGCACCACCAUGCCCUCUUGCUGAAGAACUUUCUCUACCAUCCCCUUAAGUCUCUGUACAUACUGUGCCCCUUUUCCACCCCUCUCAACUGCCAUGUAAGUUCUGUAACUGGAUUUAUUCUUCUGAGGGGGGUGCUCUAGGGUCCUUGACGUGGAUAAGGUGCCCCCGCCCACACACACACCUGUUGGCCCCAAGGUGAAAUGGUCAAUAAAGACUGAGUUGGACAUUUA